GAGCACUUACUUUAAGUAGUAAAGAUAGUUUUUUAAUAGCAACUAAUAUUUGUUCAACAAAAUUAACACAAAAUGUAGAUUUAUUGGGUUUAUUGAAUUGGGCAUCACACAAUACAGAUUUGAAAGAAUCUCUGAUUGCUUUAAUGAAAGUUGAUGGUGAAGAAGUAGUAAAGUUUUUACAGGAUGUUUUAGAUGCUUUAUUUAACAUAUUAAUGAGUAAUUCAGAUAGUGAUAUUUAUGAUGAUAUGGUAUUUGAAUGUUUAUUAUAUAUUAUUGGUCUUGUAUCUGAUAGAAAAUAUCAACACUUUCAACCAGUAAUGGAUUUGUAUAUUUCUGAGAGUUUCUCUGCAACGCUUGCAUAUAAAAAAUUGAUUGCAGUAUUACGUAAACGUAUAGAUAAUGCAACUAAUAAUGAUGGACAAGAACGCGAUAUAUUGCUUAAAACAAUGAAAAGUCUUCAAUAUUGUAUGAGAUUUGUUGUAGAAUCCCGUCUUUUAUUCACUGCAUUAAAUCAAGAUGAAGAGGAAUUUUCUCAAACUUUAACAGAAUUAUUGAAAUCUAUUGUUGAACUUAUGAGACAUGAAACAGAUAGUACAUUAUUAGUUCAAGGAGCAUGUUUAAAAUAUUUACCAACUACUAUACCUCAUUUGCUACGGGUAUAUAGUGGCAAACAAUUGAGCACAAUUUUAACUGAUUUAUUAAUUACUUUACCAAUGAGAAGAUUAACUAAACAAAAAAUGAUGACUGUAAAUGAUAUUGUUCACAGUCCUCUUUUUUUAAAUGCAGAAUGUAGAGCAAUUCUAUUACCUAGAAUUGCUAUUUUGGUUCGCGAUUUAUUGGAAGCUAAAGAAGAGGGGCUGUCAAGUACGCCUGGAAAUAGCGUGGCGAAGGUAGCCAGGCUGCUCGGCGAAAAUCGACAUCGACUCAACCAGCACCGUGGCUAUUCUGAAGAGGUUGAAUUGUGUGUCAAGAUUUUAUCUGAUAUCUUGGAUUUAACAUUUAGAAAAGAUAUAGGAAGCACUAUACAGGAUGUAAAAGAAAUUAUGCUUACUGCCUUACGGACUAUUAUCCAAACAGUUAUAUCAAUGGAUAGAGAAAACCCAUUAGUGGGUAAUUUAGUUUCAGUCAUGUUAGCAAUAUUCAGACAAAUGACACAACAUCAUUAUGAAAUUUAUAUAAAUCAUUUUGGAACCAAAUUUGAUUUGCUUGAUUUUCUUAUGGAAAUAUUACUUGUAUUUAAAGACUUAGUAUCAAAAAGUGUAUUUCCAGGAGAUUGGUGUGAAAUGAUUAUGCUUCAAAAUAGUAUAAUCUUAAAAUCAUUGCGUUAUUUUUCGGGUACUAUUAGGGAUUAUUUCUUUAUUGAUUUUGAACAACAAGCUUGGUCUAAUUUUUUCCAUUGUGCAAUUGCGUUUCUAACUCAACCAGCUCUACAAUUGGAAAUAUUUACACCAUCAAAACGCAAUCGCAUUGUUUCGCGUUAUAAUGAUAUGCGGAGAGAAACAGCAUUCGAAAUACGAUCCAUGUGGUUUAAUUUAGGACAACAUAAAAUAUUGUUUGUUCCGGCUUUAGUUGGAGCAAUAUUAGAAAUGGCAUUAAUUCCAGAAAGUGAACUAAGAAAAGCAACAAUACCUAUAUUUUUUGAUAUGAUGCAAUGUGAAUUUUACAGUUCACGUAUUGUUGAAGGAUAUGGUGAUACAAAACGUGAUCCUGCACACAUAAAAGCUAAUUUCACAGAAUAUGAAAAUGAAAUGAUUGCAAAAUUAGAUAUAUUAGUUGAGGGAGGCAGAGGGGAUGAACAAUUUCGUUUGCUUUGGAUUCAAGUAAUGGGUAAUCUUUGUGAAAAACACUCAACUAUGCGAGAACAAGGAUUACGUUUCGUUGAUACAGUAGCUAAACUUAUGGAACGUCUAUUACAGUAUCGUGAUAUUAUUCACGCUGAAUCUCAAGAACAUAGGAUGUUAUGUAUUGUAAAUUUAUUAGAAUUUUAUUCGGAAAUAAAUAGAAAAGAAAUGUAUAUUAGAUAUGUAAACAAACUUUGUGAGUUACACUUAGAGUGUGACAACUAUACCGAAGCCGCAUAUUCUUUGAAACUUCAUAGUCAAUUACUAGCUUGGAGCGAUCAACCAUUACCACCACUUUUAAAAUCACAUAGAUAUUUAUUAUGUCAAACGCAUCGUGAAUUAAAAGAAGCAUUAUAUAAUGAUAUGAUUGAAUAUUUUGAUAAAGGUAAAAUGUGGGAAUGUGCGCUUGCAAUAUGUAAAGAAUUAGUUGCACAAUAUGAAGAAGAAACAUUCGAUUAUUUACAAUUAUCUGUAUUAUUAAGGCGGAUGGCCAAAUUUUACGAUUCUAUAGUAAAACAAUUGAGACCUGAGCCUGAAUAUUUUAGAGUUGCAUAUUAUGGUCGUGGUCAUCCGGCAUUUUUACAAAACAAGGUAUUUAUUUAUCGUGGGAAAGAAUAUGAACGUCUUAGUGAUUUUUGUUCACGAACAUUAAAUCAGUUACCAAAUGCAGAACAAAUGAAUAAAUUGUCUCCUCCUACUUCGGAAAUGUUAGAAUCCAAUCAUCAAUAUGUACAAAUCAAUAGAGUAGAUCCAUUAAUGGAUGAAAAAAGGCAUCGACUUAGUGGAAAACCUAUAACUGCAGAGGCAGUAUUGAGAUAUCAUCGAGUAAACGAUGUUCAGCGUUUCCGCUUUUCAAGGCCAGCACCAAAGAAAGAUAUAAUUUCGACUACUGUAAAUUCUGCUGAUAAAGAAAAAGAUAUGAAUACUAUUAUUAAUAAUGAAUUUGCUUCGUUAUGGUUAGAAAGAACAGUACUCGUUACGAGUCAUCCUUUGCCGGGUAUUCUUAGAUGUUUUCCUGUUACAUCCAGUGAAACCUAUUUAGUUAGUCCUCUUCGUAAUGCAAUUGAAACAAUGGAAGCUACAAAUAUUGCAUUAAGAGAUUUGAUUUUAGCACAUAAAGCCGAUAAUAAUCUUCCAUUAAAUCCGCUUAGUAUGAAAUUAAAUGGUAUAUUAGAUCCAGCAGUUAUGGGUGGUAUAGAUAAUUAUGAGAAAGCAUUUCUCAAUUCUGAAUAUCGUAAUUCUCAUCCAGAAGAAAGUUCUGAUCUUUUGAAAUUGGAAGGAUUAAUUGCUGAACAAAUUCCAUUAUUAAAUAUUGGUGUUCAAUUACAUAAAAUGCGUGCUCCACCUGAAUUAACUCCGUUUCAUCAGCGUUUGGAACAAUGUUUUGCGUCAAUGCGAAAUCAAGUAGAAGCAAAAUACGGAAAAAGAACAUGUGAUUUACAAAUUGAAAAUCUAACUCAAUCUGUUACGAUGCGACGACAUCAAGCUUCAAGGGGCGAAAUUCAUCGAUUAUCUGAAUCAAAUAUAAAUACAGACUGUGGAACUCACUCCAGGGUAUCCUCUCUUACAAGAUCCCAAGUUGCAACAUUCAAGUCGCUCGCCUCAUUCAAUUUUAAUAACAGCACGCCUUCAUCUGGUACUCAAAACGUCAGUUUGACAAGGAAUUCUUCAAUACGUUCACAUAUAUUGUCAUCGGCAUCUUUACAAAAGGCACUAGGAAGUCCAAGUCCAGGAACAAAUAAAAAGAAAGAUUCAAAGCGAAGAAGUUCACGUAAAAGUGAUUCAGUUGCAUCGACAAAAAGUGAUCAACCGACGAGUCAAUGGUAUACUACAGCAGAUAUAUCACAAAUUACAUCAAUUCCUGCUACUCCAUCAAUAUCUAGUUUUCUUUCUACUCCGAAAUUUGAACUUCGUCAAGAGUUAACACCUAAACGUCCUUUAAGAUCAGAAGUAGAAAAGGAAAGAAGGAUAAGUAAUCGUUUGUCUGGGCAAUCUCAACAUUAUUUAAAGAAUAUAAAUAAUGGAAUGGAUUUGAAUAGCUUAGGAAAAGGAAAUAGAGAUAGUAUUGGCACCACAGAUAGUACAGCCUCUGAAGAUGAUCCACCUCCACCUUUACCUGUGAAAACUCGCGAAGCUGAUUAUUGUAAUCUUCCAGAAGAAUUAUCUAUUCAACAUUAUGGAACAGGUAGUUUAAAUAAUUUUAACCGGUCAUUAGGGCAAUGGUCAAAAAACAAAUUACCGACUCCUACUGAUGAUCUUGAUAUUCAAACGAAACCACCUACUCCUCCUCCAAAACCAAAAAGACCACCUUAUAAUUUAAAUAAACUUAUACUUUCUUCAGAUAUAGAUAAUUUUAAUCAAGACCCGUCCGUAACUUGAUUCAAAUUAUUUGAUGAUUGUGUGUCUUGCCAGUAUACUGAAAACUAUGUCAUAAUAUUUAUAUAUAUAGAUUUUAGUUAUAUAGUAGGAAAUUAAAAAGUUACCAUUUAUAUUCUAUUAUGUACCUUUUCUUUUUAUGUACAUAAGAAAGUAUUUAUCACUGUUAAAAAUAACAGUGAAUUAUGAUUUUUUAACAUAAUUUUAGUAACAACAAAUUUAAUAAAAAUUAGAUUUAUAUUUUACAUUUUAAUAAGAUCAAACAUAUCUAUCUUUAUUUCAUCCAAUUGAAAAAAAAAUUUUGAAUUAUUAUUAAAUUUGAAAAAGAUAUAAAAAGUUUACAAAAAAGUUUACAAAUUUUACAAUUUUUAUAUUUCUAAAUAAAAGCAUUUUUUAUAUACAUUUUUCAUUUUUUGAUAUUUUAUAAAUAUAUUUAUGUAAAGUAUAAGUUUAAUAUAUAUUUGUAUUCAAUAUUAGUUAAAAUAUUAGUUAAUAUAUUUCGUAUAUUUACUAAUGCCAUUGACAUCAAAGUCUUUCAAUUAUAAAAGACUUUAUAUACAUUAUAAUAUAUAUAUAUAUAUAAAUUAUGCAUAAUAUGUUUAUUAAGAAGCAGAUAUUAUAAUUAAUGUAUUUUUAUAGAUUUUUAUAAGACAUAUUUAUCGAAUUUUCUCUGUAAUA